UCUUCUAAGAACCCACCGAUACUCGCCAUUUUCAGAACCCUCUGAGUGAUUAGACUCUCCACUCUCCAGAAAACCAGACCAUGGCGCUCCGAUCUCUCUUCUCUCGCAAAUCCCUCGCGGGAUUAUCGGCCGCUUCCAGAACCUCGUCUUGCCUCGACUCCAGGGCCCUAGGGCUGGCAGGGCUCUCCCAAUCCCGAGGAUUGAAGACCGCUUCUCUCCCCGAUCUCCCCUAUGAUUACGGCGCCCUGGAGCCUGCCAUCAGCGGCGAUAUUAUGCAGCUCCACCACCAGAAGCACCACCAGACCUACGUCACAAACUACAACAAGGCUCUCGAGCAGCUCCACGAAGCUACUCUCAAGGGCGAUGUCGGUACUGUUGUUAAGCUGCAGAGCGCCAUCAAGUUCAACGGCGGAGGUCAUGUAAACCAUUCAAUCUUCUGGAAGAAUCUUGCUCCUGUUCGUGAAGGAGGUGGUGAACCCCCACAUGGUUCCUUGGGCUGGGCUAUUGACACUCAUUUCGGUUCCGUGGAAGCAUUGAUCCAGAAAAUGAAUGCUGAAGGUGCCGCUCUCCAAGGCUCUGGAUGGGUGUGGCUUGGCCUCGACAAAGAGACAAAGAAGCUUGUAGUUGAUACCACCGCAAAUCAGGAUCCAUUGGUGACUAAGGGAGCAACUUUGAUCCCAUUACUUGGCAUCGAUGUUUGGGAGCAUGCAUACUACUUGCAAUACAAGAAUGUGAGACCGGAUUACCUGAAGAACAUUUGGAAGGUAAUGAACUGGAAGUAUGCGGGUGAAAUUUAUCAGCAGGAGUGCCCUUGAGCUCAGACUAGCACUUUUACCUCCGGCCAUGUCCAUUGGGAGAGGGGUCUGCUUUGAAGAUCUGGUUAAUCGAGCAGAUGAAUAAACAGUACUGUUUUGAGAAGCGGUUAGCUUAUUGUUAAGAACACGAGGAGCCAAGUUUAUUUUGUUCAGUUCUUGUUUUCACCUUCUGAGUGGCUUUUAGGGUUCAAUGCAUAAUAAUAAGAAUAAUGGUGUGUUUCGAAUUUGAUUCCAUACUUCAUGCUUGUCACACCCGGUACCUAGUUUUUUUUUCCGAAUUCCUAAAUUGCCCUCUGUCAAUUGCCUAUGAUAAUUAAUAUAUUUAACCUAAUCCACCCC